AGUUACGCUUCAAAAUUUGCCAAUAUUCAACUGAAAUAUUCGGGUCCAUUAUAAAAUGUUUUGCAUUUUUGUCUUUUUACUUUCUUAGAUACCUGUAAGGGUGAGAACUCAAUGCCCAGAGUGCAUUGGCCAAUAUAUAAAAACGGUCGACACUAUAACAGGGGAGUGCAUCAGUUGUUUCCCUUGUCUACGAUGUGAUGGUGAUUACACUUCAUCAGUCCCUUGUGGAACAACUGUUCCCUUUGGUACAGACAUAAAAUGUGUCUUAAUUCCAUCAGACCCUGUGGUUCUUCCUGACGCUGGUACGCAAACACAGUAUUUAAAUUCUCUGCCCUUGGCCAUCUCUAGUAAGUUCAUUGUUGCACCAGCCACAAGCAUUGUUCAUCCCACUACUAGUUCCAGUGCUUCUACCAGAUCCAGUAUUAAAGGAACUGACAGAUCAGAUACAAAGAAGCAGAAGAGCGAAAAGGACCUUGCAUUAGCAGAAUGGAAGAAAGACUCAAGAAUCUAUAUAUUUGGUGGGAUAUUUCUUGCAGUUGCAUUGGUGGCUGUCAUGUACAGGAUUAGAAGAAAAAGCAGAAAACAAGUACUGCUACAACCAGUGGAUCAUGUCAAGCCUGAUCCUUCCUCACCAAUACAGUCACUGCCAGAUGUUCUUCGUCAAGAUAGAGAAACUUGCAGCAUCAAUUGUACAACAAACACUGUUGAAUUUAGACGUCACAAUGGUUGUGCAUCUGAGAUAGGAGAUGGCAAUCAGAGAUCCCAGUGUUUAGCAGCACAAAGUUCUUCAGGAGGAAAUACCAGACCCUCAGAUCUUGUUGCAGCUCCAGUUGAUGCUGUUCAACUGCAUACCCGGUCACUUCCUCCUGAACCUUUGUCUCAAUCUCUCAUUGUACAGAAUGGUGCCAUUGCUGAUGGUAUACUGGAGCAAGGAAGACCUUCUAUCUGGUCAACACUGUCACAAAGACAAAAGUAUGACACAAAGGUUUUGGAGAUACCAUAUCCUCUUCUGUACAAAAUUUGUCUCACCCUUGAUAUACCGAGAGCUGAUGGGAAUGAUGUUAGAAUGCUCGCAUACAAGCUUGGAAUUUCACUUCCUGACCUUGCCAUUCUUAAACAGGCAGCCAUUACACAACAACCAGAUAAUAAUUAUUUUAAUUCCACCAGCUAUGUUGUUCUAAACAAAAACCAUUCUCUUUCAGUAAAGGGUUUUGUUGGUAUAAUGGAAGGAAUUGAAAGGGAUGACAUCAUCUAUCUGAUAAAUGACUGGUCAAAUUAAAGAUAAGAUAUCAAUUUAUUCAUUGACCGCAAGGGAAAAUACAGACUUGUAAGCAGUUAUCCAUGAAGCCCCAAAAGACCCGAACCUUUUCCAACCAAUUAUAACACGCAUAUCAAUCAGAUCAACCAUCAUGACAGAUCUAUGUCAUUUUGAAACUUAAACCCCCAAUAUAUUUCCUGUGUCUCCCUACCACCCAGAUUAGAAUCGUAACAAUUAAUGACCAUGUCAAAUAACAUAAUAUGGUGAAUUAAUUUCAAAACUUGCUAAAAUUAUUUGCAUUUUCCCAUCACUUCCAGUAGUUGAGAGCUCCCUUCUUCAGUUUGUGUACGAUUUUUCUACAUGAUUGAAAGAAGUGCAACUUACCCAGUACGUAGUACAGGGUAAAGGCAAUUUAAAUUCAUUUGGUUCCAUUUUUACGGCUCUUUUUUGUCACUUUUAACCAAAAGUUAUCUUCAAGAGUGAAAUAUGGUAAAUACCUCUUACAUGUACAAGCCGAGUUCGAGGUCCAUACUGUAAGUUACGGACCGAGUUUUUCCCCAUCAAUUUAUGGCCCAAGUGCGAAGUGCGUGGGCCAUACAUCGAAGGGGAAAAACGAGGAUCCGUAACUUACCGUACAGACCGAGGAAACGAGGUUAGUAAGAUAUUUAUC